AUGGGCACAGUCUUUCACCCCACAGAGCACGAGAGCCUUGUACCGCAACGCGGAACGGCUCAACCCCGAGCAUACCAUCAGCCAGGUGCGCACGGCUCCCCCUCAGAUGCGGCUGCGCUUUCCCUCAAUGGCAACUGGAAUUUCCGGUUCUCGCCCACUGUCGAAGCGGCCGGUGACGAAUCCUUCACAGAAACCAAAUACGACGACGGCAAGUGGGGCACGCUGCCUGUCCCCAGCACUUGGGUGCUGCAUGGGCACGGGAAGCCGUGGUACACGAACAUACAGUUCCCGUUCCCGCUUGACCCGCCGCGCGUGCCCGACGACAACCCGACUGGGGACUACCGCGUCACCUUCGACACGGACAAGACCAAGUGGCCGAAAGGUGGGCGCACACUACUGCGCUUCGAUGGCGUCGAGAGCUGGUACAAGGUCUGGCUGAAUGGGCGCGAGCUCGGGUUCGCUACGGGAUCUCGCCUUCCCUCCGAAUUUGACGUCACCGACUGCCUCAAGAAUGGCAAGAACGUGCUUGCCGUCCGCGUGCGGCAGUGGAGCAGCGCCAGUUACAUCGAGGACCAGGAUAUGUGGUGGCUGCCCGGCAUCUUCCGAGAUGUGACCCUGCUGCACCGACCAGACCGGUGCGUCGAGGACUACUUCGUGCAUGCCGACUACGACGCCGUGCGCGGCGAAGGCAUCCUCAAGGUCGACUGUAAUCCCGGCGGUCGUGUGAGGGUUCCCGAGCUGGGUAUUGACAUUGCAACGGGGGAGGAGUUCAAGAUCCCCGUCGAGCCGUGGACGGCCGAGACGCCGCGCCUGUACUCGGGCACACUGUCGGCGGACGGCGAGACCAUUCCACUGCGCAUUGGGUUCCGACACGUCGAGAUCGCCGAUGGCCUGAUCAAGGUCAAUGGGCGGCGCGUGCUCUUCCGCGGUGUGAACCGGCACGAGUUCCAUCCCAAGGCUGGUCGCGCGCUUGACCGCGACACCAUGCUCCAGGACGUGCUCCUCAUGAAGCGGCUGAACGUCAACGCGGUACGGACUAGCCACUACCCUCCCCACCCGCACUUCUUGAGCUUGUGUGACGAAUACGGGCUGUGGGUAAUCUUGGAGUGCGACUACGAGACGCACGGGUUCGACGUUGUCGGCUGGCGCGGUAACCCAUCUGGCGAAGAGAGCUGGAAGGACAUGCUCAUGCAUCGCAUCGAGAGGACGGUGGAGCGCGACAAGAACCACCCCGCGAUCGUGAUCUGGAGUCUGGGGAACGAGGCCAGCGUGGGCGACAACACGGGUCACAUGGCGCGCUGGGUGCGCGAGCGUGACCCGUCGCGGCCGCUGCACUACGAGGGCGACUGGGAGGUCCGCUACACAGACAUCUACUCACGCAUGUACCCCUGGUUGCACGAGGUGGACUCGAUCGGACGUCGCGACGAGUGGCACCUCGGUGACGACGAGCUGGACAAGCACCGCCGCGCCGCGCCGUUCAUCAUCUGCGAGUACGCGCACGCAAUGGGCAACGGGCCGGGUGGGUUCAAGGAGUACUACGCCAUGUUUGAGCGCUACGAGCGUUGCCAGGGCGGCUUUGUGUGGGAAUGGAUCGACCACGGUAUCCCCCAGAAGGGCCCUAACGGUACGCACUACGCGUACGGCGGCGACUUUGGCGAGGAGGUUCACGACGGCAACUUCAUUACGGACGGGCUCAUAUUCCCGAACCGCGACCCGAGUCCUGGCGCAAUCGAAAUGAGCAAGACUUACGAGCCGCUCGGUAUCUCUGGUGAGGGGCGCGACGUAUGCAUCAAGAACAAGUUUGACUUUGCCACAACCGACCGCUACGCUUUUGAGUGGAAGCUCGAGGCGGACGGCGUGGUCGUCGACCACGGUGAGCUGCAAGUCGACCCCAUUGCGUCGUGGGAGCGGGGCGCUGCGCGUCUGCCUGCACCGAAGGAGGUGGCUGGCGAGAAGAUAUGGACUGUGCACGCGGUGCUCAAGGACAAAGCGAGCUGGGCGGACCAAGGCCACGAGGUCGCGUGGGGCCAGUGGCCGUGCGGCGACAUCACCAACAUCCCUCCUACUGAAGGGGUGGAUUCCCAGGAUUCCGAGGACGGUGACGAGUGGGAGCUCUUCCCAUCGCGUGUCUCCGUUCCGGCCCCACCGCCUGGGCCUGAGAUCCAGUCAGACGGGAGCAUCAAGCUUGGACCCGCCACCUUCAGUGCGCGAGGCCAGCUGCUCAAGGUGGGGCACAUGCGCGUCUCGGCGGCGCUCGACAUCUCACGCGCGACGACAGACAACGACCGUGGAUGGGACGGCACCAUCAACCGCAACCAAGCUGAUGCUUGGCGCAACGCCGGCGUACACAGGAUGCAUACGCGCGUCGACUCCGUCGAGGUGACGGACAAGUGUCUGCGUGUACACACCUGGGAGGCGGCGGCGGUACGUGAGCGCGGCCUUCGCUGCAUCUAUACGUGGACGGCGAACAAGGACACUGUUGCUGUUGAGGUCGACGUUGAUCCCGUAGGCGAAUGGGGUGAACUCCCAUUCCCGCGCCUCGGUAUGCGUCUCGUUCUCCCCAAGAGUAUCUCCGACAUCGAGUAUUUCGGCCUUGGGCCUGGCGAGGCGUACCCUGACUCGUGUGAGGCGGUGCGGCUUGGGUUGUGGAAGAACACGGUCGACGGAUGGCAGACGCCGUACGUCAUGCCACAGGAGAAUGGGGCGCGGCGGGGUGUGCGCUGGGCCACCUUGACUGGGAGCGAGGGGGGCGUGCGCAUCGCCGCGACAUCUCCACCCGAAGCUCACGCGAUGGACGAGGACAAGGCUGGAAAGGCCAGGAGCAAGAAGGCGACUGGAAAGGGCCAGGCAGAGGGCAAAGAGAAGGUCGACAAACACGUCGCCGUCCGGCCCGUUAUUCUCGCCGCGCGACGCUGGACCACUGCCGACCUCGAGACCGCCAAGCACACGACCGACCUCAAGCCCCGUGACAACGUCUUCGUCAACGUUGACACGAGCCAUCACGGUCUCGGGACAGCUGCUUGUGGGCCUGGGCCGACGGAGGACUACCGCAACACGACGGUGCGUACGAGCUUUGGGUUCGCACUGGCGCCUGUGGAUCCGGACGGGAAGGGAUGUGUUGUGCAGUAA